GCUCAGGCCUAUAAUUGGCUACAGCAUUCGUCUUAUAAAGCCUAACAUAGGUCUAGUCCUAUUGUAAAUGACAGUCGAUCUAUGACUGCUAUAAAAUGCCUGCUAGACGAGUGCAACAGGAAGCCAACUGAGUAUGAGACCCCACCUUAUUAUGUGCUGUGUGAAAGUGAAACUAAAAAAUAGGCUCCGACAUUUUGUACAGGAUAGAGACAUUUUACUUUGACUGCAGCUCAUGUCCUCGAUUGAUGUCUGUAAAUACAGAAUCAUCCAGGAUCCUAUUUGCAUGUACCAAUUAACAUGAAUGUCUUAUGGCACCAGGUUAUAGGAAUAUAGUCUAGUUUACUCUUUGUCCGGUGCCAUAUUUGACGUUAGAGCCGUCUUUGGAUCAACAGCGUGACAAGUAUUCAGAACAUGUUGCAGUAAAUAAUUAUUUACUGAAAUUACCGAACAAGUUGACAAUCUUAUGACCGGACAGUUUCAUUGUUUGGCAACUUGGUUAUGACGAAGAAAACGGAGUAACAGUCGUGACCACUUGUCCUGGAUUGAACAUCUGUCGACCGCAGCUAAAGUGGUUAGUUGUUUCUUGAAGACAGACGACGCACUCACACUUAUUAAACUCUAUCGGACUUUACUUUCUAUACCCUGACUGGUGGUUAGUAGCCUACGACAAUCGAUAAUGGACAGACCUGGAUUCACUAUGGCACCUCAUCCUCGUGAUGUCAGGAUUGUGCUGCUCGGCAAAACUGGAGUGGGGAAGAGUGCAACAGGAAACACCAUUCUGGGUCAGGAAGUGUUUCACUCAGCUUUGGGCUUUUCCUCAGUUACCAUGACAUGUCAAGAGAGAACUGUUCUGAUUGGAGGGAAUAGAGUCAGUGUGGUUGACACUCCAGACUUCUUCUAUGCAACACACACACAGGAGGAUCUGAGUUCAGAGAUAGAGAGAUGUAUUUAUCUGUCUAACCCUGGACCCCAUGCAUUUAUCUUUGUUCUAACUCUUGAUACUUUCACUGAGCAGGAGACAGAUGUAGUCGCUGUAUUUGAGAAAUGUUUUGGUGAAGUAGCUUCAAAAUACACAAUCAUUGUCUUUACUCAUGGAGACGAUCUGAACAACAGAACAAUAGAGGAACUAGUAGAGAAAAAUGUUAAGUUGUCUAAGCUCAUUGAACAGCGUGGUUGGAGAUAUCAUGUCCUUAACAACAAAGACAGAGCCAAUAGAAACCAGGUGACUGGGCUGCUGGAAAAGAUUCUCAUCAUGAUGAAUGUGAAUGAAAGUAGCUGUUACACACCUGACAUGCUGCAGGAGGCAGAAAGAAAGAAUAGAGAAGAGAUUGAGUUGAUGGAAGAGGAGAGUCGCAGGGAGGAAGAGAGGAAAAGAGAAGAACACCGCAGGGAGGAAGAGAGGAAAAGAGAAGAACACCAGAGAUGUUUAGAGGAGGUGAGAAGAGAGACAGAGGAUAUAGUACUGAGAGAGAUAGAGGAUAGAGUACGGAGAGAGAUGGAGGACGAGGAAGUUAAAAGACAGAGUGAAAGGGAAACAUGGCAAGAGAAGAGAGACAGAUGAUAGAGUACAGAGAGAGAGAGAAACUCAAGAGAAAAAAGCACAGUUUGUGGCAGCGAUUCCGUUCAUUUUAUAUAUGAAACCAAAGCAUUUCUAUCUGAUCAGUGCUUUAGUUGCAGUGGCCAUGGGAGGCAAUUGUGUGUGGAGCAAAGGCCCUGUGAAUGUAACAGAGUUCAUAAGGGGUUCUCUGAUAGGGGUGUUAGCUUAGGCAAUGGGAGCUGGAUCAUACACACUUAUAGGCAAAGCCUGGGGACAGAUUUUAAGACGGGUUGGAAGGUCUACUAUAGCCACUGAGAUCCAGACUUGGAAAUCAGUUGGAAUAGCAAUGGGUUUCAUAGGAGCAGCAGCAGUUGGUGGAUUGACAGGAAGGUUAGCUGGUCCAGGAGGAGUGGUGUUAGGAGGAUUAUCAGGGUUGUUGGGAGGAGUUGGUGUGAUGGCGUUAAGAAAACAAUUCAAAGACUAGAAAAAAGCUGUUAUUUCCCUGUGAUGCACUUCUAAAUUACAGCUCCACUUCCUGUCUCUCUAAAUGGGAGGAGCUCUGAUUGGGCAGUCGGUUAGAACAUGGAUAGUAGAUUGGUAUGCAUCUUCCUAUGAAUAACCUCUUCAUAAUGACGUCAUUCUCUAUUAAAAUACCCUUUUGGAAAAUGGUGUUAAGAGGGUGUACAAGACAGAGAUACGUGUGUGAGGAGAGUACAUAGAGAUUACCCCUUGAUGAGUACAUAUCAUUCUCUAUUUCAUAUUGGCCAGUAUAACAUUUAGCUUCAUAUGGCAUUUUACAGUCUUGGUUAUAAUGCUCAAUGAACUGCUAAAUGUUUGUGAGCAGUUAUUAGUGCAUAAACUGUGCAUUACAAUGUAUUAUGCAUAGCUCAUAAGGAGUUAAUGAAUGAGCUUAUAAUGCAUUAUGAAAAGGCUAUUCAUAGGAAGUGUUACCAACAAAAAAAUAUGUUUUAUUGUCACAUACACCAGAGAGGUGCAGUGAAAUGCGUUGUUUUACAGGGUCAAAUUAGGG